AUGCAGACUGCUUCUACAAACAUUUGUGAAAGAAUGGGUCGUUCUCAGGAGCUCAGUGAAUUCAAGCGUGGUACCGUGAUAGGUUGCCACCUGUGCAAUAAGUCCAUCCGUGAAAUUUCCUUGCUACUAAAUAUUCCACGCUCAACUGUUAGUGGUAUUAUAACAAAGUGGAAGCAACUGGGAACAACAGCAACCCAGCCAUGAAGUGAGCGGGGGUCAGCGCAUGCUGAAGCGCACAGUGCGCAGAAGUUGCUAACUAUUAAGCAGAGUCAAUAGCUAAAGACCUCCAAACUUUGUGUGGCCUUUAGAUAAGCACAACAGUGUGUAGAGAGCUUUAUGAAAUGGGUUUCCAUGGUCAA